CAGCACAGCUGUUAGUCGUGAGUGCACAUCGGUACACGUGGUCGCUUUUUGCGGACCGAAUAAUUAAAUUAUUAAAUCGCGAUGUAAAUCCGAUGUAGAUUGAUUCCGUUUGAAAAGAAUCGUGCGAAUUUCUUCAAUUUGUUGUUUCUAAAUUUUAAUGUGUGAUUCGAUGAUAUGCGGUAAAAUGUGAGUGUCUAAUUAUGAUAAAUUAAUCGUGUCGAAUUUUCUAGUCCACAGAUUUCUCCGACGAGAUUUCUCUGUAAUUCUUAAUCCUUGAUUGUCAGUGAUUACUUUUUUUUUCGUAAGCCUUCAAUAUGUUUUGAAUUAUUCUUCAGGAUAGAAUCUCUCGAAGUGCAAAUUUGGAAUAAACUGCCAUGUGAUAUUAAAAAGAAUCAUGGGAAGCAGCAUUGCUGUCUUUAAUCUAUAAUUUUUUUUAUUUAUCGGUUAUUAUCUGUUUAUUCUGGAUUUUUUUCUUGGAUCAAAAGUUUCGAGCAAAAUUUUAGCAAAAAGCCCUCGGACCUUCUUAAAGGAGACCACGAAGAUUAACACGAUAAUACACAGUUCCUUCGAUCAAUCGAUAUUAUCUUUAUUCUAAAACUUUCAACGAACUUUCUAUCUCAUAUUCUACGCGAUCAAGAUUUUAGAGCAGAAUUUCGGACAAGCUUUCACGUCAAAAGGAAUCUUUCGAAAAAGAACCAUGAGAAGCAACAAUGGCGGACCCUAAGAAAUCCGUAGAUACGAGAAGUAAACAAGCGCGCGGGAAGCUUUGUCAGGAACACGGCGAGGAGGACUGUCCGAGCGAGAACGAGCGCGAAUUCGAAUCGUUGGAGUACGAAGAGGAUGUAUAUUAUUCGAAGCUGACGACGACACCGAGCUUCGACGAUAUCGACGAGCUCGAUGACGAGGAGGUGGACGAGCUGGUGGUUCAUUGCUGGCGCGACUCCAACGGCGAAAUCGACGAGAUUGUCGUCGACGAUGGCAACCUGUCCGUAGAAACAGAGUUCCUGCCGGAAGAAGGAUCACGACCCGGCCGCAAGAAGAAACGAUCGAUUCGCGUGAUCUUCCAGGAUCUCUCCAAACCCUACCUCGCCAGGAUCAGUAACAGUCAAAACUACAAGAGGUUCCUCGAGCUGGUAAAAGGAGAAGACGCUUCGCUUCACUCGGCCGAGUCUCUGUCGCCCUCAUCGGAUAACGUAGCAAACGAACUUCAAGGGAGGCUCUCUUUGGAGGAGCAAGAACAACAAAGGGCCGAAUGGAGCGCUGAAUUAGCAAAAGUCGAGGAAGAGAUACAGACUCUGAGACACGUUCUCGCCAACAAGAUCAAGGUUUCGCAGGAUCUGAAGAGGAAACUGGGUAUCAGCGUUUGGAAAGAGCUCACCGAUGAUGUCAAUCAGGGACUCAAGAACGUCAAGGAGACCCAAGUUUAUCAGAAUGUUGGCGAGACACUAGGUCGCUUAACCAGGACGGUCUCCGGGAAUAAUUUAUACCAAAAAACAGAAUCUGUACUCAAGUCCACGGCUGAAAAGACAACGAGUAUACUGGGUGGAUUUGGUAGCGGCAUUUCCAUGAAACUGGGCCAGAUGCGCAAUUCCGAUAGCUUCCGGUCCUUGGAGGAAAGGGUUGGAUCCGCUUGCGAAAAUAUUAAGACGAAAGUUGUGCCUUCGAGAUCCAAUUCGACACAGAGUUUCGACGAGGCUCUCCGGGAGUCCGAAGCAAUGAGGCGCGCAUCCGCGGCUCCGUCGGUCACCAGUCCGACCAUUCCCGAGGACAAACUGCUCUCUUAGAAUCCAAAAUUACGCAAAAUCCGUGCGUCUCCACCGCGCGAUAUAAAGUGCUUAUAACGCGCUAAUCACUAUUGCAUUCAUCUACUGCAAUCGCUAUAAAGGGCCAAACGACGAUGUAUCCGUGCACGUUGAAUGAAUCGAUCGAUAUUUCACUGAAUCGAGACUUCGGAUACAAUCGUCCAAGUACUAUUCUCUACUCUAUCUAAUAAAAAAUAUAUAUUUUUCUUGCACGCCCUUUCCACGCCUUUCCCUUCGCAGGAUCGCCUUUCUCUAGGUCACGUUCAGGACAUCCUUAGACAUAGCGGAAAAUGUCUCUCGCGGUUUUUAUACUUACACUAAAAAAUCGAUAUUUAAGAUAACCUAUUUUUUAAACAAUAAAAUGACUAUUGAAUUUCUUUUGAUAAUUAAUUUUUAUUUAGAAAUACAAUAAAACAUAAUUGAUGUUCGGAUUAAAGCUGAUUAUUGAUAUAUGCAUCGCGAAAAAUAUAAUUUUAAACAUUAAAGUUAAUAAUAAAACUGCAAAUUUGCACUUAUUUGUAAUUUUUGGCAUUCGAAAUUUAUCGCAUAUUAUCGGUGUCCUGAAUUGAUCUGAACAGAGCUGCCAAAAGAAAAUAUUUUCAACGAUUUACGGUAAAUAACCCGUCCGUCGACAAUACUUUACACCAUAUACUAAACUUCUUACUUAUGUACGCAAACUUGAUUAGGAGCCAUUCAGAACACAUAUAAUCUGUCAUGAGACAAAUCUAAUCGGAGUCUCGAGGAACAUUAUGUGAAUUAUGUUGAAUGAAUUAUUUUGAAUGAAAUAUAUUUAUCUAUCGAUGAAAAAUUAUAUAAAUUUCAAGCAAAUAAAAAGUUUCUUAUAUAGAUCAAAUAGAAUCUAAUAACACGGUAAAAAAUAAUUUGCUACACACACUACGAAUAAUUUACUGAAUGCUUUUGUAAAAUAGAAAAAUUAUAAAUUGUGCAAGAUGAAAAAACAUCAGAACAUGGAACGGAUCUCAUCUGAAGAUACAAAAUUUUCUUGUUUCUUUUCUUGUUUAAAUGAGAUAAUAUAUUAAAUAAUAAAAAAAAAAAUAAGUUCCUCGCGAUUCUCGGUUUUAAAUGAAUAUGUUUUAGAUGCGCGGAUAAUCUUAUUGAAUUAGCACGAAAUUUGAGAGAUAUUUUGUAUUUUAACUUAAUAAAAGAACACUAUCGACGACGCACGGUGCGACGUGUGUGUAUCUAUUAAUGUUGAAAGAGGCGCAAAUUUUUGCAAAAUAAAUAUAUAUACAUGCAAUAUAUAUAAUGAGUAAUUAUCAUUAAGAAUGAUUGCCGUGAUUCGUCGAUAUCUGCUGCAUAAUCUUCUUGUUUAUAAAUAAAUUAUUUUACGGAACG